AUGUCUUCGGAAACACCCGACCCACACGGUCACGGCGCGACCAUCAAGGCACCCUCAUCCUCACCACCUGCCUCAAACUCGACUCCAUCGCCAUCCACGUCGAGCGCCACUACGGCUCCGUCGUCGACGGCGUCCCGCCGACCUCCGCGCAAAAGCACUCUGACCCAGCAGCAGAAGAACAAUAAACGGCAGCGGGCGACUCAGGACCAGCUAGUUACUCUAGAGGUCGAGUUCAACAAGAACCCGACUCCGACUGCUGCGACGAGGGAACGCAUUGCGCAGGACAUCAGCAUGACGGAGCGGUCGGUUCAGAUUUGGUUCCAGAACCGUCGUGCCAAGAUUAAGAUGCUCGCGAAGAAGAGCAUCGAGACUGGUGAGGGUUUCGACCCGAACAAGCAGGGCUCCGGGGAUUCUCUUGGGCACUCGGGCAGCUUCGCUGCACCGGGCACUAUGUAUGCCAACGAGAACCCGUCUGGCAAAGUUGUGAUCUCUCACUUCACCUGCCGCUCUUUGACUAUCGGAAACUGGCGCCGCAUUGGCCAAAAUGCGAUGGAUCUUGUCAUCUUCUAUUCGCCCGACAAGGCCUGCAUGACGUACUAUAUCAACAAUGACGCUGCUGGAUAUAAAAUCGAGUACCCUUUUGCCUAUAUCAAGAACAUUACCUUGGAAACUGGUGAUUCUGUCCCGGGGCCGAAUGGCGCGCCGCCCCGACCCGGUGGCCUUGUUGUGGAGCUGAACCGUCCGCCACUGUUCUACAUGGACUCCUCCAACUCUGGCGGAUUCUACCAGUGCGGCGACUUCACGGAAGAGCAGCAAGCCAGUCGUAUUAUGGUGCACCAUCUCGGUGGCCACCCGAAAGUCCUGAGCGUCCAGUUGGCCAAACUGGUCUCGCUCGAGUCCUUCCAGAACCGACUGGCAUACAACAACGGCAGCAACAACAACAACAAUUCCAUCACGAUGCAGGGGCCGAUGUCGCCACCGUUUAUUCAACGUCCGGCUUCCCAACCCAAUCACUUUGCCAAUGCUGCCCCCUUCCCAGGCAUGUAUCAUGACACCCAUCAUUUGGGUCUCAUGAUGCCCCCUGCUGCGCGCGGUCAUAAGCGCCAACGAAGCCGUUCCGUGCCCGCAGCGAUUGACCUUUCGGCCCUUCAAGGCCCGACCUCUUCGUACCAUUUCCCGCAGACCCCAGCUGCCUUCAGCCAUGCUGAUACUGGCAUCUACGCACCGGUUCCUCAAUCCAUGCACGCUCUUCCUACAGACCUGCGUCUCGAGACUGAUAGCUACGGGCUCGAGUUCCGGAACCCCAUGUCCGCAGCGACGACUGCAUCUCCUGAUUUCGCGAGCCCGUCCAUGUUUAGCACUACUGCACAGGGAGAAUCAACACCUGUUGCCAGCAUGGCUCCGUCUUUCAACGUGUCGUACGUCUCUUCCGGGCCGAAUGACAAUUCCACCCUGGGCUCUCACACGGCGUCUCCGUACUCCAGUGUGAGCCCUGCAGAUCCGUUGAUUGCGGACCACUCGCCUCCCCUGUCGAACAUGUCGCACACUUCGUCUGAUGUGUACGGUUUCACGCAUGACCAACAGUCACCGUUCGUUGACGAUGGCAUCUCGAUGAACGACAUGUAUUCCAAGCAGCAAGUCAACUUUGGUGUGUCGCAAGAUGCCCCCAGUUUCGACCUGCCCAUGCAUGGGUUCACCGGGCACCCCUCGCCUGCACUGGGUGACUACUCCCACCAGAACAUGGGCAAUCUCGAUGAUGUGAACUCACACGGCAUGCCCUCUGGGUCCUGA